AUGAGAGGAGUUGUAUCGACAAUCUGCUCGGUCUUCGACCCACUGAACCUCGCUGCGCCCGUAAUGUUAUCUGCGAAGCAAAUCAUGCAAGAACUGUGGAGGUUGAAAAGGGCGUGGGAUCAAACUCUCGAAGGAGAAUUCCUCCAAAGAUGGUUGCAGUGGAAAAAUGACCUACCUCUUCUGGCGAAGUUGAGAAAUGCCCCAAUCAAAACUGUCAGUAUUCCCCGUCUUGAGGUACAGGGAGCUGUUUUAGCAGCACGUGUUGAUCUUGCAGUGAGAAGAGAACUGAACUUUGAGUUUGAACAAAUGGUUUUUUGGGCCGAUUCCAUGAUCGUUUUAGACUAUAGCCACAACGAGAACAGGCGAUUUCAAACUUAUGUGGCUAAUCGAGUUGGAGAGAUUAGGGACGUCACUUCACCACAACAGUGGAGACAUUGUCCUGGCAAACUGAACCCCGCUGAUGAUGUCAGUCGAGGCCUUAAAAUGAGUGAAUUUCUUAAGGACGAGCGCUGGCUGAAAGGCCUUCCUGUACAGUAG